AUGAUUGGAUUCCCCAAAUCGACGUUCACGAAAACCGUCAUGCUCUCCCCGGCGACGAGCAUCGCGUGCGGUUUGAUUUACGGAUACUUAGCGUACCAAUCCUUCUUAGAACCGGAGAUUUUAGAGGCUUUCAGCUCUGGCGCCAAGCAAAGUUUAUCGUCGUUAACGAAAGGGUUCUCGUACGAAACAACAGUUGCAGUAGGUUGGGCACACUUCAUAGCCAUGGAUUUACUCGCCGGUCGGUACAUCUACUUCGACGGUCUUAAAAACGAUUUCAUCACGAGACACAGUUUAGUGUUGACGUUGUUUUUCGGACCUCUGGGUGUGGUUUCGCACGUCCUGACGCGAGGAAUCGUCGGAUUGACGAGAAGCGGGAAAGUGGAAGAUAUCUUAGAGAGCGGAUUGAAGAGCGAGUGA